AUGGCGCCGGCCCUGGGGCGUAUCGAGGGCGUGGAUGGCGCUUGCUUGGAGAAUGAGAAUGAGAAUGAGAAAGAGAGGGAGGGAGGGAAAAGGUUGUGUCUGAAAAAGAAACUAGUGCAGGCCAGUCGAGUGCACAUGUCCAUGUGGAUGGAAUGGACAUUGCUGCAACAGUCGGUCAUCGUCGAUUCCUACAGCAAGUACACGAGACCAACCUCCGCCGCGCCUUCUCUCUCUCCCACCCACGCCGCCCAGCAACAGAGCAGUCAGCAGCCGCAGCCGCAGCCGCCGUCGCAGCAGCACGCCAAUCGCCGUCGCGCUGUCGACCGCGAACGAGUGAGUUGUGCACCGAAAAAGGCCGCGAGUCGAGCGUCGAGAGAGUCGAGAGUCGAGAGGGAACGCGCCCACGGCAGAGUCAGAGCCACAGGUCCGCGCCAGAGCCACGGCCAAAAGCCCAAGACGUCAAAAGGCUCAAGUCAACGUCAACCGCCAGCCCACGCCCCGUCAGCCAUUAGCGACGCUGCACCACACCAGCCCACUCCCUCGCAGCCCGCGCCCGCGCCCGCACCCACAACCUGCCCUGCCCUGCCCUGCCCUGCCCUGCACGUCUGCACGCGCAUGUGA